AUGGGAUCUAAGAGACUCGUAGAGGAGCACAGCAAUAAGUGGCCAGCGAAACGUAUUCUUAUGCAGGUAAAUAAAUUGAAGCAAAAUAUCUUAUGAGCGGGAUAAGUCAGACUUAAAAUUCAAUGGAGACAAACAAAGAAACAACGCAAUAGAAUCUGGGAAUUUUAUCUGCGAAAUAAACGGUACCGUGUGUAGAUAUGGGGACAUGCGAAAUUGAAUAUGGCUUUGAACACAGUGUUGUUUAUAAACUAAUUAUUAAUAAACAAGGAGACUCGAACGUUUGGCCAGUGUGAAAAAGCACUUAUAUACUAAGGCUUAUAAAAAAAAGGGCUCGCUUUCCUCCUGAAACCACUCCCACCCCUUGCCCCUGUCCCAGGUUAAAGAAAGGGGAAUGAAGGUAUCUUGAAACCUUGGUGUUUUACAAUCGAUUUUAACUCUAUCACUCCAAUAAGAAGUAUAUAAAUUAUACACCCUCGGUUUCACCGCUACCCCACCCCUGACUGACCCCCUGACCCCCUGACCCCUUGUAUUUUAUUUCCUUGACCACCAUUUGGGGGGAAAUGAAGGACUACAGUGCGUAACAAUUUCUUUCAGCGGCACGUCCUGCGAGCUGUUCCUGUAUCUGAGGUCCAUUAUCAGUGGAAUGACUUUGCGAGUCGCUUCUGGGUGUUUGGUCAUGACCACAAAGUGUACGCACCUGACUACCCUCAGAAAUGUUGCUGCGGAUGCAGUAUUCUGUGA